GAACCGUCGGCCAUGCCUAGAUCCGUGUUUACCAUCCCCAAUUCCGGCGUAUUUUUCAAGCUACUGUCGGGGCCUAUAUAUUCGAAAACCUUCCCCAUAAACCUUUUUCCUUCUUGAAUCCUCCUUUUAUAUACGAUUGCUUCGAUUCUUCUCCUUCCUUCAAAUCUUUUCACUCUUCUCAAUGGCGGAUAGCAGCGAAACAAUUCCGGAGUCCAAAAUCAGUGGACGGUGGGCCGACGAAGCUGACAAAGAAGCUGCAGGAACCUCCGAGGAAGUUGAAAUCGAUGCAUUAGCGAUCGAUGAGUCCAAGAAAGUUAAAAACGACCUUACAGAUCCGGACGACUCGUCCAUCGAAGCUGUCACAUCGGGGGACACUCCUUACGCAUCAGCAAAGAAGUUUGAGGACUUGAAUUUGUCUUCCGAACUGUUGAAGGGUUUAUACGUAGAAAUGAAAUUUGAGAGACCUAGCAAGAUCCAAGCAAUCAGCUUGCCGAUGAUUCUGACUCCACCAUUCAAGAAUUUGAUUGCUCAAGCCCACAAUGGUUCGGGAAAGACCACUUGCUUUGUUCUUGGUAUGUUGAGCCGUAUGGACCCAAAGCUCUCGGCUCCUCAGGCUCUCUGCAUCUGCCCCACUCGCGAACUAGCAAUUCAGAAUAUGGAAGUAUUGUUGAAGAUGGGGAAAUUCACAGGGAUAACAUCAGAAUUAGCUAUCCCAGCAGAUAGUGCCAGCUUCGUACCAAUCUCAAAGAGACCUCCUGUUACAGCACAUGUGGUGAUUGGAACACCUGGUACAAUAAGUAAGUGGAUAACAGCAAGGAAACUGAGCAUGAGUUUCAUGAAGAUUCUUGUGUUUGAUGAGGCAGACCACAUGUUAGCUGAGAGCGGGUUUAAGGAUGACUCUGUAAAAAUUAUGAGAGCAAUAGUUCAGAGCAGCCCUGAUUGCCAGGUUCUCCUGUUUUCUGCCACAUUUGAUGAUGCAGUCAGGGCUUUUGUGGAUAAAAUAAACAAGGACAUCUUUAACAGAGAUUAUAAUCAAAUGUUUGUGAAAAAGGAAGAACUAUCGCUGGAGUCUGUGAAGCAGUACAAGGUCCAGUGUCCAGAUGAGCUUGCAAAAGUCAUGGUUGUUAAGGAUAAAAUCCUUGAACUAGGAGAAAAAGUGGGUCAGACAAUCAUAUUUGUUCGAACACGCAACAGUGCUAGUGCACUGCAUCAGAGUUUAGUUAAUUUUGGCUACGAGGUUACAACUAUUCAAGGCGCUUUAAAGCAAGAAGACCGUGACAAGAUAAUCAAAGAGUUUAAAGAAGGACUGACACAAAUUCUAAUAUCAACUGAUGUACUUGCUCGGGGUUUUGACCAGUCACAGGUUAACUUGGUAGUCAAUUAUGAACUCCCGGUCAGAUUUAACAAUUUGUCAGAGCCAGAUUACGAGGUGUACCUUCAUCGGGUUGGUAGAGCAGGCCGUUUUGGCCGCAAAGGUGCUGUGUUUAACUUACUUUGCGGUGAUAGAGACAGGAGGGUGAUGGAAAAGAUUGAGAGUUACUUUAACUGCCAAGUAGCUGAGGUGGGAUCGUGGAACAGUGAUGAAGACUUCGAGGAUGCACUUAAAAAAGCGGGGCUGAUCUGAUGGCAUGCUACGCUCUCAGUCAAUUGAUUUCCAACUUCUCAAGUGGCUCUGUUUUUUUGUUCCUAAAGCCGGGCAUCACGCGGCAGAAAGGGGUGAGAAUUAUGGUAGUUUCGAGUCUUCUGAUCUAAAUUUGGAAGAAUGACAGAAGAAGUCCGACCUUUCCAAUUUUGUACCGAGAACAGAAAUGGAGUAUUUAUGGUACUCGAUAUUAAAAGUGAGUUGUGCUGGUGGUGAUUUACGAUGCUGGUCAAGUGGUUGUGAUAAAGACGUAUAAGAUUCGGGAUUUCCAAUUUCUGAUUCUGGGCUUUUGUCCAUAGCUGUUUAGGCUCAUGUAAUUUAAUGACGAGGAAAUAUGGAGGAGGUUGCAGCUGCUGAAGUGUACGGUAUGGAAUUCCAUGUAUAAUAAGGUUGUCUUGCAACAGCUCCAAUAUUAAUAUUAUUGCAAAAGGAUUAAAAAGAAAAUGGAAAAUGGAAAACAACCUAUAGAUCUCAUCUGCUGUGUAAUACAAGAUCUUUUGUAUACUUCUGAUUG